UGGCUGCAGGGUCAGUUGUGCAAUGCAAUAACUGUUCUCUGGGCAAUUGAACAAUCCCCUGUGUAUCUUGUGCAAAAGGCUUCUGGAGAGGAAAACCGUACAAAAUUGGCAGAUGCCCUGCUCCCCAUCCCAUCCUCCCCAAGGGUUUAAAUGUUGGUGUCCCCCUGCUCUCACGCUGGCACCUCUCAGGGACAUGGCAGCAUGAAGGCGGUGGCCGCGCUCCUCCUGGUGGGGAUGCUCAUCCUCUGGGCAGAGCUGCCAACAGGCAGCGCCUGGUCCUGUCCCCCCGUCCGCUUCACCUGCGGGCGGCCCAACCCCCCGAACACGUGCGGCUCCGACCUGGACUGCCCCCGCGGCAAGAAGUGCUGCCCGUCCUCCUGUGGGACGAGGUGCCUCUCCAGACCUCCUGACACCCCCACAUCCUACGUGUGAGCUCCAGUUCCCAGGACAGACUGAGGGCCAUCUCAGCAUUCCCAUCCCACCUCAGCUCCAGGAUCACUCUGUGCCAGCUGCUGCACAGUGCUCUGUGCGUCCCACUCCCCUUCUCCCUCUGCCCCCCCACCGCUCCUUCAGCAAAUAAAAGAGGC